AUGAGGCAGGAAGAGCCCGAUUUGCUCGCCCUUCCCAAUGAGGUCAUUCUACAGGUAAAAAGAACCGCCCGCUCACGCUCGUUUUCUCAACGGAAAUCAUGUUCAGGUAUUUCGACGUUUGCCACGUCACGACGUAGUUUUCGGUGCCGCUCACGUCAAUCACCGCUUCAGAAACCUCAUCCACAAUAACCUGAGAUCGCUUCGUUUGUGAGUCGAGAGUCGAGAAACCCGGGUAAAUGCGGAAUCAUUUUCCAGAUUUGAAGCCCAUUGUCAUGUGAACAUUGUUGAUGAUUUGCCGUUGAACCGGUACCGAGACGACGGAACCGACCCUAUUAUCACGUACACUUUCACUCUUUUCGACCGCAGAGGACCAGGUAAAGAGGACUAUCAGUCCUCCAAUUAUCAAUGUUUUCUUUGAAGAGUUCACCCAGAAACGACGGCUCUGUCUACGUGGAAACGACGCGCGGUACAAGGAAUUACACGUGUCCCAUAUCAAUGAUUCGACUAUGCAGGCUCAGUUCGAACGGGCAGGCACCAAUCAGAACACGGCAAUCGAGCCGGCGACGGCCAGAACUGUGAGUCUGCAGGGAGUCUGAAGCAGGGAAAUGAAGAUCUAUUUCCAGCUGUUGUCCUACAUGAAUCUGCAAGCCAUUCGAUUCCAAGUACGAAAGCAGUGCCGACCUGAAUCCAAGAGGAUCGAGGACGAUUUCUUUGCCGACUCUCUUCAGUUUCUGGAGCGAAUGUGCGGCAGAGUUGAAUUAAAGUGGGUGAUUGAUUAUCAGAACUGGAGAUGAAUCGAAUCCAAUCUUCCAGGUCUCUUCUUCUCUGCUCUAAAAACAUUCUGUUUCCGUGGCAACUGGGUCAAAAAUCACUGCUGAAAUUGUCCAAAAUCAACGGACUUCAGAAUCUGAUUCUAGAAAACAUGACCACUUUCGAUCCAUUCUCUCGUUUUCUGAAGUUGCCAACGAAGCAUCUGAGCAGUCUGCAGUUCCGAUUGGACCUCAGACAUCGCAUGGAAAUCGAUCAGAUGAUUCUGAAGCAGAUCAACGGAUCCCUUCUGAAGUUGCUCUGCUCUUCGGCAGUCUACCGUCUCGACUUCUCCGCUUAUGCAGACGUUUCUAAGAUUGUCAGUUGCGUCGACGCCUUUGACAUGUGCUCUUUCAUUGAGGUAUCCGAAAGAAUUCUUCUCUCCCAGUUCUCAAAUUCAUAUUCCAGACGUGGCAUUUGGUGUCAAAGCCGUGGAUCAUCAAAGGAAUCUCAUUCAACUCCACAGUGACCAUCGACGAAUUCAGGGCCGUCGCUCAUAGAAAACUAAAGUUUGUUGUCUCGCAAAUGUUAGAAUCUUUCUAUUUUCACAGCAAUCACUUGGCCAUCCACGAAGUUCCUUACUGUCGUUUCCGGAUUAAUCACAGAAAAUCCAAAUCGAUCUUUUUGGAGUUAUCGUGUUAUGGCAACGGGGUGAGUGCGAGUGAAUGGCACUUGAGGAAUGACAUAAAGUCCCGAUUUCAGGAGGCGACCCAGUGGAACAUCCGAUCCGGUUACAUCGACUCAUAG